AUGGCAACAUGAAUAAAUCUAGGACUUCAAAAUAGUACUUCUCCUUUAAUAGAACAAUUAAAUUUUUUUCAUGAUCAUACUUUAUUAAUUUUAAUUAUAAUUACUAUUAUAAUUGCAUAUAUUAUAUUUAUAUUAUUUUUUAAUAAAUUUACAAAUCAAUAUUUACUUCACGGACAAACAAUUGAAAUUAUUUGAACUAUUCUUCCUGCAAUUAUUUUAAUAUUUAUUGCCUUUCCUUCUUUACGACUUUUAUACUUAAUAGAUGAAAUUAAUUCUCCUUUAAUUACUUUAAAAGUUAUUGGCCAUCAAUGAUAUUGAAGUUAUGAAUAUUCUAAUUUUUUAAAUUUAGAAUUUGAUUCUUACAUAAUUCCAACUAAUGAAUUAGAUAUUAAUGGAUUUCGUUUAUUAGAUGUUGAUAAUCGAGUUAUUCUUCCAAUAAAUAAUCAAAUUCGAAUUUUAGUAACUGCUACUGAUGUAAUUCAUUCUUGAACAGUUCCCUCUAUAGGAAUAAAAAUUGAUGCUACUCCCGGACGUUUAAAUCAAACUAAUUUUUUAAUAAAUCAACCUGGAUUAUUUUAUGGACAAUGCUCAGAAAUUUGUGGAGCAAAUCAUAGUUUCAUACCAAUUGUUAUUGAGAGAAUCCCAAUAAAUUAUUUUAUUAAAUGAAUUUCUUCUCAAAUAAAUU